ACCAUGAGACGGUACUAGUCUUUGUGAUUGCAGCGAGACAACAUGAGCGGACGCGGCAAAGGAGGAAAAGGUCUUGGAAAGGGUGGCGCUAAGCGUCAUCGCAAAGUCCUUCGCGAUAACAUCCAGGGAAUCACCAAGCCUGCAAUCAGGCGCCUGGCUCGCCGUGGUGGUGUGAAGCGUAUCUCUGGCCUCAUCUACGAGGAGACCCGUGGUGUGCUGAAGGUGUUCCUUGAGAACGUGAUCCGUGAUGCCGUCACCUACACCGAGCAUGCCAAGAGGAAGACUGUCACAGCCAUGGACGUCGUCUAUGCUCUGAAACGCCAGGGCCGUACUCUGUACGGUUUCGGAGGUUAAAUAUCGACUCACCCGACAAAAACCAAAGGCUCUUUUAAGAGCCACCCA